CGCAGCUCGCGCUCCGUCAGUGCGGGAGCGGCGCUGGAGCGAGCGUGGCGCUCGUUCCUCCCGGCGCGGCCUCGCUUUCCUCCCUCCCCUUUCUCCCCUCCCUCGCCCUUCCCGCUCCAUUCCCGGCAGCGGGGGGGUCUCCUGGCCUCGGUGGAGGCGGCGAUGGGGAUGGCCGGGUUUUUCUCGCUGCGCUGCCCCGCCGGCUGCUGACCCCGCACGGCCCGCGUCCCGCGGACACCCCGCGCCAGAAAACACCAACAAGAAGGGUAACGUGAAAGGCUCUCGAUCACUUCCAGUUCCUUGACUGUACUGCAAGCAGCCAGGAUGUCGGGGGCUUCAGUGAAGGUGGCUGUUCGGGUCCGGCCCUUCAAUUCCCGAGAAACCAGCAAAGAGUCCAAAUGUAUCAUCCAGAUGCAAGGCAAUUCAACCAGUAUUAUCAACCCAAAGAAUCCUAAGGAAGCACCAAAGUCCUUCAGCUUUGACUACUCUUACUGGUCGCACACAUCGCCUGAAGAUCCCUGCUUUGCAUCUCAGAGCCGUGUGUACAAUGAUAUUGGGAAGGAGAUGCUCCUGCACGCCUUUGAGGGCUACAACGUGUGCAUCUUUGCCUAUGGCCAGACAGGAGCUGGGAAAUCCUACACCAUGAUGGGCAAGCAGGAGGAGAGCCAAGCAGGCAUCAUUCCCCAGCUAUGUGAAGAGCUGUUUGAGAAAAUCAAUGACAACAGCAAUGAGGAAAUGUCAUAUUCUGUAGAGGUGAGUUACAUGGAGAUUUACUGUGAGAGAGUCAGAGACUUGUUGAACCCGAAGAACAAAGGCAAUUUGCGGGUGCGAGAACAUCCUCUCCUUGGACCCUAUGUGGAAGAUCUGUCCAAGUUAGCAGUCACAUCUUACACAGACAUUGCAGACCUCAUGGAUGCUGGGAACAAAGCCAGGACUGUGGCAGCCACUAACAUGAAUGAAACCAGCAGCCGCUCUCACGCUGUGUUUACAAUUGUCUUUACUCAGAAGAAACAUGACACAGAAACUGACCUUUCCACGGAGAAGGUCAGCAAGAUCAGCCUUGUGGACCUGGCAGGCAGCGAGCGAGCCGACUCCACGGGUGCCAAAGGAACGCGGUUAAAGGAAGGAGCAAAUAUAAACAAGUCUCUCACAACUCUGGGCAAAGUUAUUUCAGCAUUGGCUGAAGUGAGCAAAAAGAAGAAGAAGACAGACUUUAUACCCUACAGGGAUUCUGUACUGACGUGGCUUCUUCGAGAAAAUCUAGGUGGUAACUCCAGAACUGCAAUGGUUGCUGCUCUCAGUCCAGCAGAUAUCAACUAUGAUGAAACUUUGAGCACUUUAAGGUACGCUGAUCGUGCAAAGCAGAUUAAAUGCAAUGCUGUUAUCAAUGAGGAUCCCAACGCCAAGCUGGUGCGGGAGCUCAAGGAGGAGGUGACAAGGCUCAAGGAUCUCCUGCGUGCUCAGGGGCUGGGAGAUAUUAUUGACAUUGAUCCAAUGGGAGAUGAAUACUCUGGAAGUGGAAUCAAAUCCUCCAUGGGGUCCCUCACUGCAUCUCCAUCCUCCUGCUCUCUCAGUAGUCAGGUGGGCUUAACAUCUGUGUCCAGUAUACAGGAAAGAAUCAUGUCAACACCUGGAGGAGAAGAGGCCAUUGAACGUUUGAAGGAAUCUGAGAAGAUCAUUGCAGAGCUGAAUGAAACAUGGGAAGAGAAACUGAGGAAAACAGAGGCCAUUAGGAUGGAAAGGGAGGCAUUGCUGGCAGAAAUGGGAGUUGCCAUUCGGGAAGAUGGAGGAACACUGGGAGUCUUCUCACCCAAAAAGACUCCUCACCUUGUAAACCUUAAUGAAGACCCACUCAUGUCUGAAUGUCUGCUGUACUACAUCAAAGAUGGCAUUACAAGGGUGGGGCAGGCGGACGCCGAGCGGAGGCAGGACAUCGUGCUGAGCGGGGCGCACAUCAAGGAGGAGCACUGCGUCUUCCGCAGCGAGAGGAACAACAACGGCGACGUUAUUGUUACUUUGGAGCCUUGUGAACGAUCAGAAACCUACGUGAAUGGCAAGAGGGUCGUGCAGCCUGUGCAGUUGCGCUCAGGAAAUCGUAUCAUCAUGGGCAAGAAUCAUGUCUUCAGGUUCAACCACCCAGAGCAAGCACGAGCAGAAAGAGAGAAAACACCAUCAGCUGAGACUCCCUCAGAGCCAGUUGACUGGACAUUUGCUCAGAGGGAGCUUCUGGAGAAGCAGGGCAUUGACAUGAAGCAAGAGAUGGAGAAAAGAUUACAAGAAAUGGAGAUCUUAUAUAAGAAAGAGAAGGAGGAAGCUGAUCUCUUGUUGGAGCAGCAAAGACUGGACUAUGAGAGUAAACUGCAGGCCCUGCAGAAGCAGGUAGAGACACGGUCCUUGGCAGCUGAGACAACAGAGGAGGAGGAGGAGGAGGAGGAGGAAGUGCCCUGGACACGCCACGAAUAUGAACUGGCCCAGUGGGCUUUCAGGAAGUGGAAAUUCCACCAGUUCACUUCACUGAGGGACCAGCUCUGGGGAAAUGCAGUAUAUCUGAAGGAAGCAAAUGCAAUCAGUGUAGAGUUAAAGAAAAAGGUGCAGUUCCAGUUCGUGCUGCUCACGGACACGCUGUACUCGCCGCUGCCGCCGGAGCUGCUGCCCGCAGAGCCCGAGAAGGGCCGCGAGCGCCGCCCCUUCCCCCGCACCGUGGUGGCCGUGGAGGUGCAGGACCUGAAGAACGGAGCCACCCAUUACUGGUCCUUGGAAAAACUCAAGCAGAGGCUGGAGCUGAUGCGGGAGAUGUACGACCGGGCGGGGGAGGUGGCCUCCGGCAGCCAGGAGGAGCCCGAGGGCUCCAUGACGGGCAGCGACCCCUUCUACGACCGCUUCCACUGGUUCAAGCUCGUGGGCAGCUCCCCCAUAUUCCACGGCUGCGUCAACGAGCGCCUGGCCGAUCGCACGCCCUCCCCCACUUUCUCCACGGCCGACUCCGACAUCACUGAACUGGCAGAUGAGCAGCAGGAUGAGAUGGAGGACUUUGAUGAUGAGGCCUUUGUGGAUGACACUGGCUCCGACGUUGGGACUGAGGAGGGAUCAGACCUCUUCAAUGAUGGGCGCGACCCGUUUUACGACAGAUCCCCUUGGUUCAUUUUAGUGGGAAGAGCGUUCGUGUACCUGAGCAACCUGCUGUACCCAGUGCCCCUGAUCCACCGCGUGGCCGUGGUCAGCGAGAAGGGCGACGUGCGCGGCUUCCUGCGCGUGGCCGUGCAGGCCAUAGCAGCUGAUGAAGAAGCCCCAGAUUAUGGAUCUGGUAUUCGACAGUCUGGGACAGCUAAAAUUUCAUUUGACAAUGAGUACUUUGAUAAGAGUGAUUUUUCUUCAGUUGCAAUGACUCGAUCUGGACUGUCGCUGGAGGAGUUAAGAAUUGUGGAAGGGCAAGGACAGAAUUCAGAGGUUACCACUCCUCCAGAGGAGAUCAGCAGAAUGAAUGAGCUGGACUUGAAGUCGGCCACUUUGGACGGAAAGAUGACGAUGGAAGGAUUCACUGAGGAAGUUGGUGACCACCUGAAGCUGGGCAGUGUGUUCACCUUCCGUGUGACAGUGCUCCAGGCCAGUGGCAUCCUGCCUGAAUAUGCAGAUAUUUUCUGCCAGUUCAACUUUUUACAUCGACAUGAUGAAGCUUUCUCAACAGAACCUCUCAAAAACAAUGGUCGAGGGACUCCCCUUGGGUUUUACCAUGUUCAGAAUAUUGCUGUGGAAGUGACAGAAUCGUUUGUGGAGUACAUCAAAACAAAGCCUAUUGUCUUUGAAGUCUUUGGGCAUUAUCAGCAGCAUCCUCUCCACCUGCAAGGACAGGAUCUCAACAGCCCUCCACAGCCUUCUCGAAGAUUCUUUCCUCCCCCUAUGCCAUUGUCAAAGCCAGUGCCAGCUACAAAGCUGAAUACUAUGAGCAAGCCCAGCUUGGGCCAGAGUGUGAGCAAAUACGACCUCCUUGUGUGGUUUGAGAUCAGUGAACUGGAGCCAACAGGAGAGUACAUCCCUGCUAUCGUGGAUCACACCGGGGGCCUGCCCUGCCAGGGGACCUUCCUGCUGCACCAGGGAAUCCAGCGGAGAAUCACAGUCACCAUUAUCCACGAGAAGGGCAGCGAGCUGCACUGGAAGGAUGUGCGAGAGCUGGUGGUUGGGCGUAUAAGAAAUAAAGCAGAGGUAGAUGAAGCUGCUGUGGAUGCCAUUCUGUCUUUGAAUAUUAUCUCUGCAAAAUACCUGAAGUCCUCUCACAGCUCCAACAGGACUUUCUACCGGUUCGAGGCGGUUUGGGACAGUUCCUUGCACAACUCCCUCCUCCUCAAUCGAGUGACCCCGUAUGGAGAGAAGAUCUACAUGACCCUUUCUGCCUACCUGGAGCUGGACCACUGCAUCCAGCCUGCUGUGAUCACCAAGGAUGUUUGUAUGGUGUUCUACUCCCGGGACGCCAAGAUCUCCCCACCGCGGUCCCUGCGCAACCUCUUUGGCAGCAGCUACUCCAAAUCCCCAGACUCCAAUCGAGUAACUGGGAUCUAUGAGCUGAGUUUAUGCAAAAUGGCAGACACAGGGAGUCCAGGAAUGCAGAGGAGGAGGAGGAAAGUCCUGGAUACUUCUGUGGCAUAUGUGAGGGGAGAAGAGAACCUGGCAGGUUGGAGGCCCAGGGGUGACAGCCUCAUUUUAGAGCAUCAGUGGGAACUGGAGAAACUGGAGCUGCUGCAUGAGGUGGAAAAAACCCGACAUUUUCUCCUGCUUCGUGAGAAGCUUGGUGACAGCAUCCCCAAGUCCCUGAGUGACUCGUUGUCCCCCAGUCUGAGCAGUGGAACCCUCAGCACCUCCACCAGCAUUUCCUCUCAGAUUUCCACCACGACCUUCGAGAGCGCGGUGACGCCCAGCGAGAGCAGCGGCUACGACUCCGCGGACAUCGAGAGCCUGGUGGACCGGGAGAAGGAGCUGGCCACCAAGUGUCUGCAGCUUCUUACUCAUACCUUCAAUCGGGAAUUCAACCAGGUGUACAACAGCAUCAGCGAUUGUAAGCUCUCGGAUAUUUCUCCACUUGGGCGGGACCCGUCCGUGUCCAGUUUCAGCAGUGCAACCCUCACCCCUUCAUCCACCUGCCCUUCCCUGGUGGAUUCCCGGUGCAAUUCAGUUGAUCAGAAGACACCAGAAGCAAAUUCUCGUGCCUCCAGUCCCUGUCAUGAGGUGGAACAGUUCCAGAUAAUUCCUGCAGUAGAAACUUCCUACCUUGCCAGAGCUGGAAAGAACGAGUUCCUAAACCUCGUUCCUGAUAUUGAGGAAAUCAGACCAGGCUCUGUGGUGUCAAAGAAAGGAUACCUCCACUUCAAGGAGCCACUCUCCAGCUCCUGGGCCAAGCACUUCGUGGUGGUUCGCCGUCCCUAUGUUUUUAUUUACAACAGUGACAAAGAUCCUGUAGAAAGAGGAGUCAUAAACUUAUCCACAGCUCAGGUGGAAUACAGUGAGGAUCAACAGGCAAUGGUGAAGACACCCAACACGUUUGGAGUGUGCACAAAGCACCGUGGAGUCCUGCUGCAGGCCAUCAAUGACAAGGACAUGAAUGACUGGCUGUACGCCUUCAAUCCUCUCCUCGCUGGCACAAUUCGGUCAAAGCUGGCUCGAAGGCGCACGGGCCAGAUGAAGUACUGAGUCCACGUGAUGUUCUCAUCUGUUCUCCCCACUCACCUUCCCAUAGAUAGUGUUACCUCUCAUUUUCUCUUUGUGAUUCUUGACAGUUUCUCUUGUAUGUAAUCCUGUGGCUUAACAUCCCCCCUUCCCCACUCCUUCAGCACAUUUUCUAGGUAUUCUAACCCUACCUUGUUUCUUUUCACCUGUACCAGCAUUGUUCUAGUAGCAUGUGGCCAAACAAAAAAAGAAAGAAAAAAAAAAUCAAAAAAUUGAGUGAUUAUGCACGAUUCUAAAAAGACAAAAAAUAUUUUUUUCCUAUAACAGUGUUUUCCCAUUUCAGCUGACCUUUUGGUGUCUGUCCCACUGUCCACUGUCUGUCUAGACUGCUACAGGGUUUUCAUUCAAUUUGUGACUUGGCAGUGGUCAUUGGUUCCCUCAGGGCAAAGUUCCAAUGCCAGGGAAAGAUAAAUUCUUUAAUGGAGACGUUACCCAGCCAGAAACUGCAAUAGCUCCUCAGGCUUUCGGAAUCAGCCUCUAAGUUAAACUCUGUUGAAAGCUGAUAUUGGACAAAUCUAUCUGGACAGACUGGAUUUUGGACUUUGUGCGAGUUUCUGAGUUUCCAGGGUCCAAUGGGCUGAGGCAUGAGCUAGAAAAAGUUAGGGAACAAACCAGGAGGGACUGGCUAGAACAAUCUGCCUUUAAGCUUUGCUGCAGGGGUUGCAGGUGAACAGUGCUUGGGUUUAACACUUUCCCAGAAGAGAUUCCAUCAACACUCACUCCUCAGCCUCUGAACUGAGCUGAGCAGACUGUGCUGACAAGAGGGGAAAUAGACCACAGACUGAAGUAUGAGAUAAAACCCCAAAAGUUUCAGAUGCUUCAGCCAUUUGUUUGACAGAUGGAGAGUGUUAAAUGGAAAUGAAAGUGCAGUUGGUCCCUGUUUGUGCAUCCCUUUCCCUGUAAUGCUCUCACGUCACCCCAGCUGUCCAUGGGAGCACCCAAGGUCUAAGGAACAAUUCCCAGGGAGCCGCAGGACACUUCCAAUUCCUUUUGAAAUAACUGCUGAGUGUCUCCUGAUCUCUCUGCUGCAAUUUUCAUCAGCUAAACCCCACUGUAUUCAGAGUUAAUCCUUCCUGGGGAAUAGAGCAAGUGGAUUCUGGUCCUGGUCAGUGGAAUGUCAUAGCUGGCUUCUUGGACAUCAGCUGGGUGGUGUCAGUUCUUGACCUACAGUGUAAGUUCUUCUUGUGGCCAAAGUCUUGGUCCCUGCCCCAAGAAGGAAGAGCAGAAUGAAUUUCCUUUUGGGGAAAUGAACUCCUCUCUCAGUCAGGUGUUAGGGAGGCUGGGGAUGUGUGUGUGUCCUUUCCUGCUGUGUUAUCCUUUCUUGCUGUACCUGGGACACUGAUGGGGCUGGCUGUGAUCCUGGGCAAGGCACAGGGAUUCCAUCUGGAGGCUCCAGGCUCUCCAGGGAGAGGUGGAAGGGUUUGUCCCACUCUUGCAGUCGGCCCGUCAGGCACAGUCCAGCUCAGGAAGCUCAUCUGGGUUCAGGGCACACGUUCAGCUGUCAGGCUGUGCUCGGGAGCUCUGUGGCCGUGCGUGGGACUGGAGUCUCGAGAAGAUCUUUGCUGUGUGGGGUUUCAUCAUUCAGUAAAUUGCAAUGCAUGAGACCUCCUAAGAGCCUGCAGGCAAAGGAGCAGGGAGAUGCAGUCUGACACUUGCUAGGACAUAUCUUCACAUGUCUCCAGGUAGUUCUCAAGCUAAAUCAUAUGCUCAUGCUGUCUCUGUGGUGUUCAGAUUUAUUUCAGAACUGGAAGCCAGAGUGAGGGAGCAUCCUGGGAACCCAGGAACAUGAUAGGGAUGGGUUGUUUUGGGGUUUUGUUUGUUUGUUUGUUUCUGUUUUUGUCUUGUUUAACUGUGUGUGACUCUUAAUACAGUGAUGAUAUUCCUUUGUUAUGCAAUGAUGAUAAAGCACUUCCAGUGUGUGGAUUAAACCGCUUGUCCUGCAGGAGGGCUCCUCACACUGCAGCUAAGCUGAUCUCAAGAAUUAGGUUAAUUCUAAGCAUUAAGUUAUUGUUGCCAUCACCACUGUUUAUAAAUGAGAGUGGAAUCUGUUUGAGGAGGCAGAAUGAUUGAGGUGGUGGGAGGUUGUGACACACUGAGAGCAUUUUAACUUUUAUCUGUUUCUUUUUUUUAACUAGAAGAAAACUAGUUUUCUAAGUCUUUGCUUUGGAUAAGCCAGAGAAUGAACUAAGUGGAUAUAGGCAUUGCACAAAAUCAUGAUUAAGAGAUCUUCCUUUAAAAGCAGGAAGAGACAGAUGCUUAUUUUAUACGGACCUUGAAGUGUUACAGUUGUUGCAUAAAUGUCACUCUUCUUUCUUAAAACUUGAAGCAGCUUCUGGUGACUUGAGGUCUGAGUGGUUAACAGAUCAUCAGAAGAGAAGUCUGGUUUUAAGCAUCAGCAUCUCUUAAAGCUGCAUCAUCUGUGACAAACCAGGUCCUUGCGUGGAGUUCAAAUAGGCAUUACUGUUUUCAGGUCUGACAUAAAGGCAAAGUUUUUCUGCAGUUACUGAAGCCUGCCUUGAGACAUUUGGGUUUCCCUACUUAAAACUGGACUGAAACCAAUCCAAGUUUUCUUUAAAGAAAUAACAAACCAAACGAAUAAACAAUCAAAAAAGAUGGAUUUCCAUUCACUUCAAAGCUUAGCCCAAUUGUUAGAAAUUUCUUUUUGGAAACAGACUGAAGAAGGAAAAACAUGCUAAGUUGCCUUCCCCUGGCACUCCAAAGCCCAUUCUUGGCCGCCUGCUGUGUGUGUGUGGAGUCCCAGAGUCAGGCAGCUCUGGGGACUCAGCCUUGUGGAUGAGGCAUCCUGCUUGUGGGCCUGCCAGCCCGUGAGCACACACACCAGCAGGGAGCUUGGUGGGCAUUCUCUGGGAAUAAUGAGUGUCAAAUUGUGCUGUAUUUGGGUUUUUAUGUUCCUUGCCAAAAGGAAGGAGAAAACUGUCCUUUUUGUCCAUUGAAAAUAAUGUUGGAUCUUCCUGGGUAUUUUAAAAUCAAGUGAAACCUCCUUUACUGUGUUUUAGAAAUGCACUUUAAGUACCUUUUUAAAGAAGAUUCCUGUAUUCUGAGAAUACAGAAGAGAAGGGAGUACUAUUUCCAGAGAGUAUGAUUUCCAGACUGCUGAGAAAAGGCUUUUUGGUCAAUGUCUGAUAGUCCUUAUUACUGGUUAACAUGGUAUUUCAAAGCAAAGACUUUACUUUUUGCUGCUUGUUAUCUAAUUUACAGGGAUUUAAUUUUAUGUAAUGUAUUGUAUAUUUAUACAUCUGUAAUUAAUUGCACAUUAGAUAAGGAAGAGGAUUAGCUUUGGUGUAACACCCAGUGGUACUAAACUGCCCGAGCUGCUGUGGCCGGUGCUGGGCUGGGUGUCUGGAGAUGCAGCUGGUGGGGCCCUGCUGCUGCUCAGGAGGGGUUUCCUGGCUGUCCCUACCAGUGGGUCUGACGUGCGUGUUGCAUCUCCCCGUUGUAGUUACUAACCCAGUCAGUGGUCUGGCUGUAGUGUCUGUAGCAGGAUGUAUUAACUUCGUGCUUCCUUGGUUCAAAACAUCAACUGUUCAAGAACAGGACUGACUUUUGUUCAGAAGGCCAUUUAUGUGUUCUGUGUAUUUGAAAUCAAAACUAGUCCAACGCUAACCAGAUGAUUGUGUCCAAUGUUAUUUGGAACAGGAUUUAAAUUGCUGGGAUCAGCUUUGUAUUCAGAAAACUGGUGUGGAGCUCCUAAGUCUUCAGUUCUUAAUGUUGCCAAGUGAAUGGGCUGCCCCUGAGCAGUGCUGAAUUUACCUCCUGCUCGCCUGGAAACCAGGGACUGGAAGCAGAGGGAGUCUUGAAUGAUCAGCACUUCCCAGGAUCAGGUCUGAAUUUCCACUUUGCUUGUUCAUCCUUCAUGUGCAGUUGGUUAUGGCUCCCAAAUUUGGACAUUAGACAUGCUGUUCACUGGAAUACAUCCCUCAGAAUUGCGGUCCCCACGUCCCUGUUAAUCUCUCUGUACACAAGGUAUACAAGGUAAAUGCUGUAUAAGUGGCCUUCUUGAACAAAUCUCUUUGCAAACUGAUUUCAUCCCAGCGAAGGAGUGUAUCAGCAACACUGUACAUUAAUUUCAGGUUUUCAUUUUCUUAUUUUAUUUUGUAAAUAUAUCCGAUAUUUGGAGCUUGAGUAUACAAAAUGUAAAUAUAGUUCAUGUAUUUGUACUAAUUCUGAUCCAUUUGCUGUAUAGCCUUAGGUGUGCAAUGCAGAUAUCUAACUGUGUAUGGUAACCUUGCACCACUGAAUUGUUAGUGAACGAGGUGAAACAAUAAAGGUACAACCAGUGCAUUAGCAGAUA